UUCUUAAUCUAUAGAUUCUAAUUAAUUGAUUUCUGAUCAUAACGAUUAAAACUGAUUGCUUCUCUUGGGGUCAGUCCUAUCUGCCCGAUACUCAAGAUCAACGACGAGUCGUCUUACAGAUUACAUAUUGCAAACACAAAGUGGGUCUCAGGAAAUGGCGGAAGCCAAGAAGAAACCCCGACGUCUGAUCCUUCACAAUUUCCUCUCAUCAGAAGAAUGCAAAGAACUAGAAUACAUCCACAAGAGCAACAGCACAGUUGGGUACAGACCAAAUGUGUUCUCCACCACACUCUCCCAUCUCAUAGCCACCAAUUGUUCCCAUUUCAUCGUCCCCUUUGUUCCCAUCAGAGAGAGGUUGAAAGAGAAAGUUGAGGAGUUCUUUGGGUGUGAGUUUGAGCUCUUUGUUGAAUUCACUGGCUUAAUCAGCUGGACUAAAGGAGCAAGUAUUGGAUGGCAUAGUGAUGAUAAUAGGCCAUAUCUUAAACAACGGGAUUUCGCAGCAGUUUGUUAUUUGAGUAGUUUUGGCAAGGAUUUCAAUGGCGGACUUUUUCACUUUCAAGAUGGAGAGCCAUCAACUAUUGUUCCCAUGGCUGGGGAUGUUGCAUUAUAUACUGCUGACAGCACUAAUGUCCAUUCAGUUGAUGAGAUAAUUGAAGGAGAAAGACUUACCCUUACACUAUGGUUUAGCCGUGAUAGUACCCAUGAUGAAGAUGCUAAGCUCAUUUCCCUUCUAUCGGAAAAGAUGAUGAAUAGUUCUAAUGAUAUUCCCUGGUCAAAUCUCCCUAUCAUGGCAUCCAGCAACAUGUACUGGUUUUGUCCAGAAGCAACAGCUGGUCAACGGUUAGGAUUUUACAUAUGCUGUGCAAGAUUAUACGUCCUUGGAUUUGACAUUUAUUCCCCUCAAGGAAAGAGCUCCUUUUCAGAUUUUGCAGAACUACUUAUGGAGUCGGUACAACUGGCAUGGAGAAAUAAGUUAUUUGGACAGGAAUUUGCCAACAUACUGCACUUACUUCAGGUGGUGCAAUUCUACUGCUGGAAACACUUGGAAUUGCUAAAUUCUAACCAUAAAGUAAAAAUGUGCAAAGUUAUAGAGAUAUCACAGUCAAAACAGGAGAAUAUAGAUGCCAUGAAGUCUCUUAUUCUGAAGGAUCAUCAACUGGCAAAUACAGUCUUAAGCUGUGGCAACAACGACCAUCAACAUUCCUUUGACUGGGCAAUAUUUUCUGCUGCAGUUGCUGCAUGGGAGGACUACACUUACAAAUUGCAUAAAAAGUUAGUGAUGAGCUUACCAUAUUGGAAAAUGCAGGGAAUUAUAUACGACGUUGAACUUGAAGGUUCCUGACACGAUUUUUGAGUGAUAUAUCAAGCACAUGUUUGCCUCUUCAGCUGCAGCAUUGGCUGAUUUUGUUGAUUGAUAUGAGCAGCUUGAACAAGAUACCUCGCAUCCAUAAAAAAGGUUUGCCUUUUGACAAUGGCUUAACAGAAAGAAAAAGAUUGUACCCAUCUCUGCUGCUGAUAUGUCCUAUGCUGUGGUCGUGCCCAUUGAUGUAAGCAUCAACGUUAUGAAACUGCAAGACGAUCAUUUGUUCACCUUUAACAGUGGAGCUAGGUGCUUUAUCAGCUCCUUUGUGUUCCCGUGAUGUCCUGCGCUGAAGAUAGGAUGGUGACCGACGACAAAUUUCCAUUUUGCAGUGGAACCUCUUAGUGCUGAAGCCAAAUCCUAUUCCAAAACUUUCAAGGUACUUGACUCUCGGAGCCACACCGUCCCAGUAAUAGACAUGUUCUGGAUUUAUGAAGUAAUCGUUUAUAAAUGGCGAUGUAUCAACGAAGAAGAAUUCCACAAUUUCUACAGAGGAGAAAUUAUAUUUAUAUCAUAUGGAGUACCGAGAACGAAAUGCUGUCGAACAAAGAAAAGAAAACAAGGAAAUUCAAGAACCUGUUGAGCAACUUGAGAUUGAUUAUAAAAUCCUCUUCUUCCCCAGUCACCAACAACCAGGAAACUGAGGGAGCCAUCUGGUUUUAACGGGUGAUUGAAACGUUGAAGCUUCGCUAAUGAUGAAACGAAAAAGAAACUUGCAAAAAUGGCAGCUAAAACACGAGGUUCGUGUCUGGUCUUGCUUGAAAUAGAAGGCAUGUUACAAAAAAUGGUGAAUAAGAUUUGGAAGAAUGGGGGAAAUAGUUCUUUUUGGUGAACAGAAUAUUUUUUUAAUUAAUUUGUCUGGUUUUAUUUUUUGUAAUAGAUCUGAAGGAAUGGUGUAAGUAUACUAACCUAUUAUAGAUUAAUGGUAGAAAAUUAAAUUUGGAGGCAAA